AUGCCUCCACCAUGUGCCAUCGAAACAUGCAAACGUAAAUCACGAGCAUUAUGUCAUUGUUGCAACAAGAACCUUUGUCCUGAUCAUUUGAAAGAACAUGAUGAUUUAAUCAAUUCUCAAGUAAAUCCUCUUCUUGACGAAAUUGAUAAUCUUGAUAAUCAAUUGUCGGCAUUAAAUAUUGAUGAAGUUAUUGGCAAAUGUCGUCAAAAAUUAGAUAAAUGGCGUCAUGAUUGUCAUAUUGUAAUCGAUCGUUUUCAUGAAGAAAAAUGUCAAGAACUUCAACAAUGUUGUGUUAAACAAGUUGGUCAAAAACGAAAAAAAAUUCAUCAAUUGAAAUUAAAAACAAACAAAAUUGUUCAAGAACAAUAA